AUGACCACUGGGGCUGAUGCAAUUGACUGGCCUAAUCAGCAUAGCCGAAUGGAUGAUGGAGAUGGCUUUGCCCAGCAUGAUAACAACACCAUCAUGGCUGGUAUAGCUGAUGGCAUUACCCAACAUGGUGACGACAACCAAAUUGCCAACGAAGGGGGAGAGGAGAGAAGGGAUCGGGGACAUAAUAUGGGACUUGGUCUCCAAAGGUUAAACCGAGCGCGCCGUGGCAAGCUGCAAGUUGUCAUAACUGAAGGGCAUAUAAGGCCGGUGGUUCCUCUUGUUGCUACAAAGUUUGCAAGUGAAUGCAACAUCAUAGUUAGGAACCAUGUGCCUAUACUCCCGCAUUGGAAGCUGUACAAGAAAAAACCUGCAUCAAGUUCAAAGGAGAAAGAACCAAAAGAGAAAGAACCAAACGAGAAAGAACCAAAAGAGAAAGAACCUGCAUCUACGUAUGUUGAUUUAUUCUUAGGAAAACUAAAGGCCAAGUUUGACAUAAACACAGAGGAUAACACAGUUAAAAAGGGUUGUAUUGAGAUGAUGCAAUAUGCGGUCCGCCAACAAAGAUACAGGCUGAAGACUCAGAUGGAAAAUAAGCUAUCUACAACAACAGAAGGUGAAGAACUUAAGUCUGCGGCUCAAGUUGUUGCUGAUGUGCUUGCUGAGAACACCAAGAAGAAUCAGUUCUUGCAGAAUGUGAGGUACCAGAAUGCCCGGCGUAUUUCCAAUGAGCAGAGCGCUGAACUGGAAGCGGAGAAAAAGACCAAUGCUAAGCUUCGUGUACAAGUGGUUGAUUUGUCAAAUAAAGUGCAAGAAUCUGAGCAGGCAAGGAUUAUUGACCGAGAGGAGAUGAAGAGGAGUCAAUCUGAGAUGGAAGCAAAACUUAACCUUUUACUUAGUCAAAUUUGA